AUGGCUCGUGACUUAUCAGGUCUUGUCAGUUCACCGGUGGACUGGGACAUCGGGACCAUCCGGGAACACGGACUCAACGACACCACGGUCUGCCAAAAUGGUUGGGUGUACAACAGUGAACUUUAUACUGCCACCAUAGUCACUGAUUUUGAUCUGGUAUGUGAUCGGGCUCAUUUACCUCAACUGGCACAAUCGGUCGGAAUGAUGGGCGUUCUGUUUGGUUGUCUCUUGUUUGGACCUUUUGCUGAAUCGAUUGGUCGUAAACGAGCAGCUCAAAUUCCGAUGGUUCUGUCCCUCGUUUUUACUGUCACCAGUGCUUUGUGCCCAUACUACGAACUAUUUCUACUGUCACAGUUUUUGGUUGGCAUUGGCAGCGGAGGUUUUCGGCUAAACGGCAUCAUAAUAGCCACAGAGUGGAUUGGUCCUUCCAAAAGAUCUUGGGCAACAUGCAUCAUUCAAAUAUGCGGAGCAAUCGGACAGGUUGUCAUUGCCGGUCUGAUCUAUGCCGUCAGAGACUGGAGACUAGCUCAACUCAUCACUGCAGUUCCACAAACGGUCAUUUGUAUUUAUAUCUGGUUCCUUCCAGAGUCCGCUAGGUGGCUGUUGGACAGAGGGAGGACAGAAGAAGCUAAAAAGUUGCUCUCUAAAGUGGCAGCUGUCAAUAAACGCACCUUCACAGACUCUCUCCUGGAAAAGGUUGUCGUGAAUAAAAAAGAGACAAAGAGUGGCUUUUUAAUACUGUUUCAGUCAUCAAUUCUAAGGAAGUAUUUCUUUACCAUGAUAUUCAUAUGGUUCUCAUUGAACAUUGGCUACUUUUGCAUCACCUUCAAUGUGGGGAACUUUGGCUUGGAUGUGUUCAUGACGCAGCUUUUCUUUGGUCUGACCGAGAUGCCGGCUCAGGUUCUUUGUAUGUGGCUGCUGGAAGCGGUGGGGAGAAGAAUAUCCUUCAUCUCCACACUUCUGGUUGGGGGGAUCCUGUGUAUCCUGAUGCUCGUGUUCAAUCAAGGAAAUGCCGUUGCUGUGACCACACUGGCAACGUUGGGACGCUUCACGUUCAUCUGGGCGUUAAGCAUAUGCAAUGUUUAUCUUCAGGAGUUAUUCCCAACGUCUUGUCGACAAACAGCCUUCGGUUUGGGCACCAUCGUGUGCCGGGUUGGCAGUCUUAUUGCUCCGUUGAUCAACAUGUUGGCGAUGUACCACUGGUCAAUACCCACCGUAAGUUUCAGCGUCCUCAUAUUGAUCAGCGGUGGUCUCAGCUUCCUGCUUCCCGAGACCCGCGGGACUGAGCUACCGGAGACGACGGAAGAGGUGGAGAGCAACAGAAAUAAGAAGAAAAUGAAGAAAGAAUGUGAAAGGAAUACACACAUCGCAUCAAGUAGACUGUAAUGUCUGCUCCACUAUCAACAGCUUUUUAAGCUGGUCUAUGGGUCCAAACAAUAUUCCGAAUAUUUGAAUAAAAAAACAAUUGAGGACU